AUGCCGUGCCCCACCAGGCCUGUUGAUGGUGCCUGUCCGUCGUCGCCAGACUUCCAGUCUCCGUUCACUGACCAGUUGUCUUACUCAAGCAAGUUGCCUUUAAGCAACCGGACCGCCAAGCCUUGCACGCCCGUAUCAUCUCUUCGUCCUGAUUGUGUGCACCAGAACGCGUCAUCUCCGGCGGCCGCGCCUAUCCCCCCGACCCCUGCAGGCCUGCUCGCCCUUUGUUCGCAUCCAGACAGCCCGAUUCUUCCCGCGAGCGCGUCUCACCCAGUUUCAGCUCUAGGCAGCUGCUGGCCUUCGCACGACGUCGACAAGAAGGGCGCAGGAAUCAGCGGUGCCAUUGCAGAGACAGAGAUGUCUCUUUUGUCAACGGGGCAGCAGACGAGGAGGAAACUCGACUCCGAAGACGCAGCGGGUGCUGAGCAUCCAGGAUCUGAGUUAUCCGAGGAAGGCCGUCUCAGAGUCUCACUUAAACCGCGCGAGCGGAGCCGCAGUCGCUCAGAGUCGGGACUCUCCCGCGACGAUUCAGCCGAGUCUCCACGAGCGUCCUCAGCAGGGGAAGAGAGCCCGUCUGGUGCGUCUCGGCGUCACUUGCCUCGCAGACAAGACGGCAGGAACGCGCGCGCUGAUGCAGUUAGGGGGCAAGGAAAGAAGGCGUUGUCUAGGAAGCGGGACCAGGGGGAAUCGGCCGAGGCCAGAGAUGGCAAGCUGCUCAAGGCCGCGCGCCUCAGUCUGCAGGGGGAGGGCGCGAGCCGGGGUAGGCCCGACGAGGAAGUCGCUGCGUCUGUCUCCGACGGAGUGAAGCAGGGGAGAGACAUUCCCGCAAAAGAGGAAGAAACCCGCGCCGAGGCGUGCCAGCGCGGCUCCACAGGAUGGAGCCUCGCUGCGUUGUGGAAGAACUGCCGGCCGGUAUCCUUCGGCUCAGGCAGGCGAUCCCCUUCAAAGGUCGAAUCUGCGGAAGCGCAGAUCGAGGAGCCUGGAGACAUCAGCCACAAUGUCGCCUCUGCGGAACCGCUGGAAGAAGGCGGAGGUCUCACAGACUUUGAGGCGGCUGCGUCGGCUCGGGAGGCUGAUGCCUUGAGCGCGGGCCCAGAAGGCGAAGUGCGUGGCGCAGACGAGGCUGUCUGGAGCCCUGGGGCGGCAGCCGACGCAGAGCUGGGGGAGGUCGUGCACUUGCUUUCUGGGGAAGGAAGAGAUGGAAGCGAUGUUGAAGCGGCGGAUGGAGACCGAAGCCCGAGCGAACCCGAGAGCUUUGUCUCGUGCAACACACACAUCUCCACGCGCGACGGCACCAGCAGCACUGCAGGCAGUCGCAACAGCAGUGGCCACGGCGACGACGGCCUCGGCUCGGCGCCCCAGCGAUGGUCCAUCUCCGGGAGCGACUUUCCCUUUUCCGCGGGGGCCGCGGUGUCUUCGCCGGCGGAGAUCCCCUGUAUCCCCCCGUCCCUCUCGCUCGUCUCGAGUGCCCACUGCGAGCUGCCUCCAGCGGCGCCGACAGAGCCGACUCUCACGGACGCCUCGGCGGCCAGUGAGCGCGGAGGCAGCGAAGGCAGCGAAGGCGGGUCUCGGCUGGAAGCUGCAGACAGGCAGUCCAAGGGUCACUCGAGCGAGGCAGACGAUUCCCGCGACAGCGAAGAACCCAGCAGACACUGCAGGCGGUCACACCGUUUGCGAGGGUUGCAGAGAGACGCGCGGCAGGAGGCUGGGCACUCUGCGCCGCCUGUGAACGCCGCAGACUGCGACUCUAGCUCGCCAGUCUCCCUCGCGUCGCAGGGGUCUGGCCGGCGCCCGCGGGAGGCAGGGACGGCGCCGCGGCGAAAGGCCCGGGGAAAGGUCGACAAGGGAGACGCGGAGGCCGAGAGAAAGGGCGACUCCGCUGAAGCGCGUGCGCGCUCGGGCGAAGAUGAAGACUCUGCGGGAACUCUGCAAAAGGCGUCCGGGACGCUGCGCCGGAAAGGCCGGGGAGCGGGUUCCACUGCGGCCCGCACCGGUCGCGGCAGGCGCAGGCGAGGACGCGAGGAAGAACCCGAACCGGCGCAAGUGCCCGACUCCGAGGCGGCGGGCCGAGGUCGGCUGCGCGAGGAGGCGAAGAAGCGCCGGCUGGCGACUCGCACACGGGCUGCGCCAAGUCGCGCAGAGAAGGCCGGUCGGAGACACAGCGAGAGUGGAUCGGACUCCGAGCCAAGCGACGACAGUCUGCCUCCCAGCAGCAGCAGCGCCUCCGAUGACAGCGAGUACGAAGAAGAGAGCACAAACAAACGCCCCAAGGCGGCAGGCCGGCGGCGCGACUUGCGGGCUGCUGCGGCGGCCGCCUGGCGAUCGGCCCCGGGUCAGCCCCAAGCCCCUGUUCUUCGGCAGCUGAGCGGUCGGGGACUGCUCAGCUGCGGCGGCGGGGCGACCCGAGCCUUUUCGAUCUGCGGGGACUCUGCGGGCUCCGAGAGCCUCGGCCGGCUGCCGGGCGGGCCAGCUGUCCGCAUUGGAUCGCUGGCCGCCGUGGCCUCGAACUCGCCUCCAGUCUCUGACUUGACGACGCUCCUCGGUGGCCUUCCCGCGCGCCCAAAUCUCCAGUCUGCCCCGGCCUCGCACGCUCAGCCUCUCUUGCACCGUCCCGGGCGUUCGCCGUUUCCAACACUCGCUGGCCGAGGCAACGCUCUGUCCGGCGUCCUGGGCGGGCUGCUCGGCGCCGGUUCCCGCGGGGCCAUGGCCCCUUCUCUGCACGGGGCGAAGAGUCCCGGCCUCCCGACCGGGACUGCAGCGUCGAGAGGCGUGCGCCGCCCCGCGGGGGACACGCGCGCGUCUCCGGCCUUUGGGGGAGGCGCCUCGCUUGCGGGCUCCGAAGACGAAGGUCGCGCCCAGGACUGCGGGGAAGAGAAGCAGCUGAGGGAGAGGGGCGAAGCCGAGCUCGGCUCCAGGGGCUCCAUGGAGAGUCGCGAGGCGACGGUGUCGACGGUGACGGCGCAGGACGACGCAGACUUCGACAGCUGGCCGCAAGAGGCGCCAGAGGACUCAGAAAAGGAGAGAAAGAGGCGGGACGAACCUGGCGUCGGGGCCGAGGUGGCCUAUUUCCCGGUGCCCCGCGAGAAGGUGACGGCGGAGGACUCGGGAAAGGAGGGAAGCGAUGCAGACCUGGAAGACGGCGUGGCAGAACUCGUGCACAUUUCCGAGAUCGACGAGGCGCACCGCCUCAUCUCGCGGCGCGUCGUCAUUCGCCGAAACAAGGAAUGCCUCAUCGGCAGAGACGCCCGAACCUGCGACCUCGUCGCCGACUGCCGAGGGGAGUUCGCCAAGAUGGUCAGCAGACGCCACGCCGUGAUUGAAGCCGUGCCAGUCCCGGAGCUCUUUCAUCUUGAGGAAGUCAAAAACGAAGGCUCGAACGAGAAGGCGCCUCUGGCGACGGAUAGAGCGACGGGUGUCUCUCACGAAGCCUACAAGCUCUGUCUUCGCGACGUCGGAUCGAUGAACGGCGUGGCCGUGAACGACGUGCGCCAGGUGACGGCUUUCCUUCGCCAUGGCGACAUCGUCACUCUCGGCGGCGUCGGGGCUUUGCCGGCGGGGAGAAAGCGAGAACAGCCAGAGUCGCCGUUUCGCUUUCUCGUCAGGUUCCUCCACGCGUUGCCGCCUGCGGAAAUCGAGCCUUCCGACUUGGAGAUGCCUGGAAAGCACUCGGAGACAGCCAUCGGAGCCCGCACGGCGUCUCUCGCUUCCAACUUGGGCGGCGAGAGAGAGAGAGACAGGCUGUCAAAGGAAGGAAGCAGAGGCGCCGACUCCGAGGAGAAGAGAAGGACGCGUGAGGGGAGCGAGGCAGAGCAUGAAGGCAAGGCGGAAGGCGUCAGCGGAUUGAGACUCGCGCGUCUAAAGGUCGUUCAGCUUUUGAGCGAAGAAGAAAUCUGCGAGCGCUUCGAAAGAGGAGGCAACACGUCGGGACAUGCUUCGACUCCCAACUCGCCUCUGGGCUUAGCGCCGCUCGACGAAGGCGCUGGAGGCUCCUUGCAGUUUCCCCUCUCUUCCGGAGGAUCGCAUGCAGUUGGCCGCGAACGGCUCUCCAGAGCGUCUCGUCUUUCUUCUGUGUCUCCUUUCUCGCCUUCGCUCCCGCGCCAGUCUCGAGACUCGCCGCUUCUGUCGACGCCCCGGCGCUGGUGCGGGCGGCGAGGGGCGAGCAGCGGCGGGGGCCGUCUCCUGCUUUCGGCCAGCCAAGAAGUCUACGGAUCUCCCACGGGAGCCUCGCCGUCCCCGAGCCCCGCGCGAACGGCCGCGACGCACUCGCCUUUUCCUUCGGCAUCGCCCCUGGCGUCUCCCGGACGCUCUGGGCAUCCCCUCUCGCAGCCCACAGCGCCGCUGUCGUGUCUCUCUCAGUCGUCUUCCCACUUUCCGUCGUCUGCGCUGACUCCGCUCUCGCUCGGCCCCGCGUGUUUCUCGCAGCCCCUGGCGCUUGAAGCGCACUCCGCCGUCUCUGUUUCGCGCGUCUCCGAUUGCAGCUUUGCCUCAAGCGUCACCAGAAGGGGACUGUCUCCGCUUCGAGGAGCCGAGAACCGAAAGAUGGAAAUCAUCGGCGAGGUGACGGUGCCGUGGAACGGGACGAUUGCGCGCGUCCGCACGCAUGUCGAUGCGCUGCUUCGCGAGUUGUUGAAAGACAAAACCUUUGCUUCUUCCUUUUCCUCUGCUGGCGCUUCUUCUGAUGGUUCGCCCACGGAAGAGGCCGGAAGAGAAGGCGACCAGGCGGCGAACAAGGCGGAAGUGAGCGAAGACGGGGAGACGAAGUCAGGCGAGAAGGCCGCGACUGCUGCGGAGAAUACUGGAGAGAGUCGAGGAUGCAAGGCCGAGCGAGAAGACCCGGAAAACGAUUCAACCGAGACCAAGUGUCGGUUGCCCGCCUAUGAGCUUCUGUCUUCUCCUGCAGUCACAGAGGCGCCGUUCAAACGCGAAGAAUUGUCUUGGGUGUUCGAACUCGCGCCGUUCAACCCCUCCGCGAACCUGGCAGUAGCGCCCUGCUUUCGGUCUAUAAACGGAGAAGGCUCGGCGACAGGCGAAGAUUCCCGAGACUGCGCAGCUCCAGUGCGCACGGUCAGCACGAUCUACUUGCGCUUUCUAAAAAGUGAACGCGCGAAGGGAGGCGAGAGCGAAGACGAACGCGCAGGAGGCGAGCAUGAGCAAGAGGAAAGGGACCGAGAAGAACGAGAGCGACGAGAACGCGAGGAGCGAGAGGAGAAGGGGAAGUGUUCGCCGGCGUGUGGGUUGUCUUUCGACGACGCCGAGGGCUUCUUUGAUCCUGAGGAAGAGGCGACCGGACCGAAACUGGCAACCGAUAUUACCGAGGGAGAACCGCGGGAAAAUGAAGGCAUGUUGCGCGAAAACUGGGAAGAAAGCCUCGGGGGUGCGCAGUACACCUCCCAGUCGGGCCCGAGACACAGCGAGGGGCUGUUGAGUGAAUACGGCAGCGAUGAGGCUUGGCAUGAGUAG